GGCGCCACAUGCCGGGUGGCCGUAGCGCUCUACACGCCCACGGUUACACCCGCUGUUAUUUCCCUAAAAAAAUUACUAUCCUGUCAAUAUGUCGUGUGAAAAUGGAAGCAACAUUCGGUGCGAGGCUUCAACUAGCCGUUUACCGAAGAGGAAACAUGUAGUGAUGAACUUGGAGCAAAAAUGGCACCUUAUAAAUGAAGCUGAAUCAGGCGUGCCACAGCGUGUGAUCUGUGACAAAUACAACGUCAGCAAAACUACUCUUUAUGACAUUGUGAAGUCCAAAGAUAAACUAUUUGACUUUUGUUCUAAAGUUGAGAGUGACGCCGAGAUGCGGAAUAAAAAAAUGAUGAGUUCGGCUAAAAUUAAGAGCGUAGACGAGGCAGUUUGGGAAUGGUACGCUAAGUUUGCCGGGGACCAGGCCGGAAGGGGCCCUGUUCCGGGCUGGCUCAUCCAGAGCAAAGCCAAGGAGUUCCAUGAGCAGAUGAACAUUAAUGAGGAGUGUGUGUAUAGUGAUGGGUGGCUGAGGGGAUUUAAGUAUCGUCAUGGUAUUUACGGCGUGAAAGCGCGUAGGGAACAUAAAUCGGUUAAUGCAGAGGAAAAUACCAAGCUGGAGUCGGUCCGGCAGGACGAAUGUCUGCCUCCUAAAAUCAUUUAUAAUCCUAAUGACACGAGCCCAAUACGCGCAUCGAUCCUUAAUUGUCAGACGAGAACAACUACAUGGACUACACAGUCUCCACCAAGUUCUCCAGCGGUAGUCAACCCAAAAGAUGUAACACGCAAAGAUCUUGUUCAUAACAGACCAGAAGCCCAGUGUGGAAACAUGGGUAAUGCACCUAGGCAUCAAACCCUUUUGGAUCGGUUUGUGGUCAGAAGUCCAAGUAGAGUGUCGACAAAAUGCUCCUCCUUCGGGCAUUCAAGGGUGAUGAAACGGCAGUUCCUCGAUGCAAAGGGAGCUGAUAUAAGCGAAGACAUGAAUAUCAGCAUAGGCGAUGACUUAAUUGAAGUCAAAGAUGAGCCAAUAGAACUGGACGAUUGGCCAGAUAAAUGUGUGCGAAAGAGUGAUGAGAGCAACACACAAGACCCGGCCCACAAAGACAGCAGCGGACACAUUCACAAUAACUCUAUGGACUUGUCGUGCAAAAAAUCCAACUUUUUCCAGAUGAGACGAUGUCAAGUUUUGAUUGACAAGUCCACCAUUCGUGCCUUCGAAAAACUGGAAGAGAUGAGAAGGGCUGCAGUGGAGAAGACAUCCAGUGAUGUGAAGUCCCUUGGGGGUGAAUGCUUCAGGGAGAUGGAGAGAGCUCUAUACCUCUGGAUAAAGGAUCAACAGGAGAAAAACAUUCCUGUCAAUGGUACCAUUAUCUGCAAGAAGGCCACUAAGAUACAGGCAGGCAUAGACAAGAAGAUGGGGGCCUCUGGCACAUCAUUCUAUGCUUCAUCUGGUUGGCUGAGCAGCUUUAAGAAACGUCAUGGACUGCAUAACAGAAUACUUGGGAAAAGUACUGGCACUGACAUUGCUGCCACAUCAUCUCACCCUGAUGCAGACUAUUUAAAAGCAUCUUUUCACCCUGCUACCCAUGCUAGUGCAUCAUCUCACCCUCAUGCUGACUAUUCUAGAGAACCUUCUCACCCUGCUAGUAACCCUGCUAGUGCAUCGUCUCAUCCUCACACUGACUAUUCUAGAGAACCUUCUCGCCCUGCUACUAACUCUGCUAGUGCAUCAUCUCACCCUCAUGCUGACUAUUCAACAACAUCUCACUCUGCUACUAACCAUACUAGUGCAUCAUCUCACCCUGCCACUAAUUCUACUGGUUCAUCGUCUCACCCUGCCACUAAUUCUACUGGUUCAUCGUCUCACCCUGCCACUAAUUCUACUGGUUCAUCGUCUCACCCUGCCACUAACUCUACUGGUUCAUCGUCUCACCCUGCCACUAAUUCUACUGGUUCAUCGUCUCACCCUGCCACUAAUUCUACUGGUUCAUCAUCUCACCCUGCCACUAAUUCUACUGGUUCAUCGUCUCACCCUGCCUCUAAUUCUACUGCUUCAUCGUCUCACCCUGCCACUAAUUCUACUGGUUCAUCGUCUCACCCUGCCUCUAAUUCUACUGGUUCAUUGUCUCACCCUGCCACUAAUUCUACUGGUUCAUCGUCUCACCCUGCCACUAAUUCUACUGGUUCAUCGUCUCACCCUGCCACUAAUUCUACUGGUUCAUCGUCUCACCCUGCCACUAAUUCUACUGGUUCAUCGUCUCACCCUGCCUCUAAUUCUGCUGAAUCAUUUUCUCAUCCUGCCACUAACCAUGCUGGAUCAUCAUCUUCCCCUGCUGCUAACCACUCUGAUCAAUUGUUUCACCUUGCCAUGGGCCAUACUAGUGCAUCGCCUCACCUUGGUACUCAUCACUCUUCUGCAUCCCCUUAUAAGGCCAUUAACAAUAAUGCUGCAUUAUUGUAUCCUGCAGAGUUUGCAGCGAUUAUCAGAGAAGGCAACUAUUGUCCGGAGCAGGUGUUUAACGCAGGUGAAACUGGCCUCUUCUGGAAGCGUCUGCCCAGUAAGACCUUCUUGAUGAAGGAGGAAAAAGCAACUUUGGGUUUCAAGGCUUCUAAGGACCGUCUGUCUUUGCUAUUCUGCUCAAAUGCUGCCGGGGACUUCAAGCUUCCUCCUGUCCUCGUAUACCGGUCCCACCGUCCUCGUGCGCUCAAGAAUGUCACCCGUCUGCCUGUGGUAUGGCGAGCUAACAACAAAGCUUGGGUGACCUCAACAAUAUUUGCCGACUGGUACCAGCAUAACUUCAUUCCUGCCGUGGACAAGUACCUGAGGUCUAAAAAUCUACCAAGCAAAGCCAUCUUGUUUGUUGACAGUGCUCCCAGUCACCCUCAAGCCCUGAGGGGCACUGCUGACAGCGACGGAUACCGCCUCGAGUUCUUUCCACCUAACACCAGCUCUCUGCUGCAGCCGCUCGACCAAGGAGUGAUAGCGCAGAUCAAGAAACUGUACACUAAGCAAGUUCUCUGGGAGAUGUUUCUCUACACUGAAGGCAAGGGCAAAAGUAGAGAAAAAGUGGUUGAAUUUUGGAAAAAGUUUAAUAUGAGAAAUGCAGUUUCCAUCAUCACUGACAUAUGGGAGAACAUUGAUCCCACUUGCCUUAAGGAUGCAUGGGAGAACCUUUGGCCUGAAAUCAUGCCUGACUUUCUUGGUUUUCCUGACACGCAGGUAGAGGUCCGCAGCAUUAUGGAGAUUGCCAACAGCAUCCCUGGACAAGGGUUUGGUGACCUGGUGGCCGAGGACAUCGUGAAGCAUCUGGAGAGUCAUCGCAACAUUAUGACACCAGAAGACGUCCUUGAGCUGACCACUGAAGAAGCCGACGAGGGACAGGAUGAUGAUUCUGAAGAUAAUCCCAUUACUCAGAUUCCAUUAUCAGUAAUGAGGCAAUUUGUGAACCACAUGAUUUCUGGUAUUGAAAUUGCUGACAGUGACCCCAAUUUUAAGCGAGCAUCAGAAGCUAUCCGUCUCAUAAGAAAAGUUUGUGAAGUUUAUGUCAGGCCCACCAGUGCUCGUUCCCAUAAAAUAGAAAUUACAAAUACUAUUAAGUCAGACUAGUUCAUGUCUUUUAGCAUUCUGUAUACUGUAUAUAUAUAUAUAAUUUUUGUUAAUGUUAUUUUUGUAUUUUACAUAAUCCAUUAUUUUGAAUUUUUUUAUUUUAAUAACAAUUUGCAAAAUUCUACGUUGUUUAUUUCUGCUAAUGUUGAGGAGAAACAAAUCCCCCCAUUGCAUCAUGAGCCUACUAUCUGAGGAUUAUGGGUAAUCAUUUAAAUAACAUAUGACUAUAUAUAUACAUUAAAUAAAUUACUUUAAAAUGAAUGACCAAUGAGCAUGGUGGGUUUCAAAGCGUUAUUUGACAAAGAGUGCUGGGAAGACACCACGAGCGGAGCACUCAUCCUGUAACUACACUGAGGUAAUUAUAGGUCGGACAUUUACUCGGAGACAGUUUGUAGAGAAGCCAUACAAGAAGGACAGGUAGGUGUACAUGGCUUCAUGGACAGUGGACAGGGACAGGCUUGAAAUUGAAUUUGGCAAAUUCUGUGAAAUUUGUCUUACAUAUGCAUAUGUAAGAGUUGGUGUAAUGACUGGCAUUAUAACAUUGGUGUGCACCGGGGAUUGUCAUGUCAUGACAUGAUAGUCAUGAGGGAGGUCAAGAUCAAAAUAUUAUGAAGGAGUGUGAAUGUAUUGUAUAGACCUAAUAAUGAGUACAGUACUGUAUUACCAUACAUCAAAUUCGAUGUAUGCAGAUGAUGGGAGUUAUUGUAGUAUGUAGAGAUUAAUGUGUAUACAAGUUGAAAAAUAUAUUGGUGUAUAAGAGAAGACUUGAUGACUAGACAAAGGUGAAGUGUCAUUCAAGGGAAUGUUUGGGUAAGAGGAGAAGGCUGGGAGGACAUACCGGCUGUUUCGGAAAGUUGCGAUCAAGCGUAAACAACGUAUGGGAUGUUGUUAAUGCCCUCAGGCUAUGGAUUUGGGAUAGGGGGGGAAGGAAACCAUGAGGAGAAAGUGCCAAGCCAUUACAACUAUACAAGGUAUAGUUGUAAUAUGUGUUGAAAUAAAGUCAAGAAAAAUAACCACCCCAAAAAAAAAAUAAUGUAGGGAUAAGGAUAAUGGGUGAGAGAAUAUAUGUAUUCUUUUAUAUAAGUGAUAAAGCCCUCAUAUGGUCCCCAUUCAGCAAAAACAACCUAAAGAGACAAAGAAAAUGAAGUUUGAAAUCUGUGAAUAACUUUGCCAAAAUAAAUUAGUCAAGUUCUGCCACCUGUGGCAGAUUUACAUGUUGACCAAUUUUGUUCCAUUUAUACAUACUUGAUGGAUGUGCAUGAUGGGCGUGCAUGAUGGAUGUGCAUGAUGGGCGUGCAUGAUG